CGAGUGUCAGCAAUUCAGCUUGAAUUCCCUUGUCACUGAGUUCGUACCCGAUUGAGGGCCGUGACUCGGUCCGAGUCAUUUCACGGCCCUCACCGCCACCGCUCUCCACCGUUCGCCGGCGACGCUUUGAUUCUGCUCGCGGAAAUCGUGUACAGAAGGGUGAAAUUGCAUUAUCAAUUUUCUUGGUGGGUUAGCGUUCCUGAAUUUUCCGAGAGGGGUGAAAGUGCAUUAUCGAUUUCCUCGGAGGGUUCGCACUCCUGCAUUAUCCGAGAGCCUAGAGUUCUGUAUAUCGCAAGGCUGGGAGAUCAAAGAUGUUAUUGCAGGGUGGUGGAGAUGAUGAUUCUGGUGUGGAGAGUGACAAUAUUGAUUGGACCACAGAAGAUGAGCUUGAGAUUGAGAACUUUCAAUCUUCAUCUUCCGGUUUAAGCGCUCCUAAUGGAGAAACUAUUACUGGGUCUGGAGAGGCAAGCACCUCUGCAGGUUCAUCUAAUUCAAAGGUAUUUGACCACUUUAUUGGUAUGGGAUUUCCCAGAGAAAUGGUUUCCAAAGUAAUUCAGGAACAUGGUGAGGAAAAUGAAGAUAAACUACUUGAAGAACUUCUCACGUACUCGGCUCUAGAAAGUUCUCCCCAGCCACAACAGCAAGUGGAACCAGAUCCCUGCUCUUCAGAGUAUGGAGGGAGUUCUUGGGAUGAUUUGUCAGAUGCUGAUGCUUUUUCUGAUGAUGAAGAAGUCAGAAAACCUGUUUCUGAAAAUAAUGAUACCUUGACGUCCUUGGUGAAAAUGGGCUUCAAGGAAGAGGAAGCUUUGAUUGCCAUUGAAAGAUUAGGUCCAAACUCCUCGCUUGAAGAUUUGGUGGAUUUUAUUGGUGUUGCUCAAAUAGCAAAGGCAGAAGAUGCCCUUCUACCUCCUGAAGAGAAGCCACAAUAUAAUGAUAUUGCUAAACCAAAAAGGGAAAGAUUUUAUGAUUAUGAAGUGCUGGGAAAGAAGAAGCUGAAGCGGUGUGAAAACAGAAUCCUGAAUGAAGAUGAUGAUGAUGAUGAUGCACUGCAUCUUCCGAAGCCAAUGAUUGGGUUUGGGAUUCCCAAUGAACCUAACUUCAUAACACAGAGAAGACUUCCAGAUGAUGCUAUUGGGCCUCCGUACUUCUACUACGAGAAUGUAGCAAUGGCGCCAAAAGGUGUUUGGCAGACAAUAUCGAGAUUCUUGUUUGAUGUUGAGCCCGAAUUUGUGGAUUCAAAGUAUUUCUGCGCUGCUGCGAGGAAAAGGGGCUACAUUCACAAUCUACCGAUCACAAACAGAUUCCCUCUCCUACCACAGCCACCCCGGACAAUUCAUGAUGCAUUCCCCCUGACCAGGAAGUGGUGGCCAUCAUGGGAUCCAAGAACCAAACUUAACUGUUUGCAAACUGUUAUUGGUAGUGCUAAAUUAACUGAAAGAAUUAGGAAAGCGCUAGAGAACUAUGAUGGAGAUCCACCCGAGAGUGUUCAGAAGUAUGUUCUUGACCAAUGCCGCAAAUGGAAUCUAGUUUGGGUGGGCAGGAAUAAGGUUGCCCCACUAGAGCCAGAUGAAGUUGAAACACUUUUGGGCUUCCCAAGGAACCACACAAGGGGAGGUGGAAUCAGUAGAACAGACAGAUUUAAGUCCCUUGGCAACUCAUUCCAGGUGGACACGGUGGCUUACCACCUGUCAGUUUUGAAGGAUAUGUACCCUAAGGGUAUCAAUCUCCUUUCUCUCUUUUCGGGAAUCGGUGGUGCGGAAGUGGCUCUUCAUCGGCUUGGUAUCCCUUUGAAGAAUGUAGUUUCUGUUGAAAAGUCUGAAGUGAACAGAAACAUUGUUAGGAGUUGGUGGGAGCAAACAAAUCAGAAAGGUAAUUUGAUUGAUCUGGAAGAUGUGCAGCAGCUAGAUGGUGAUCGUCUAGAGCAGCUGAUGAGCGUGACUGGGGGCUUUGAUCUGAUUGUUGGUGGUAGUCCAUGUAAUAACCUGGCUGGUAGUAACAGGGUCAGCCGGGAUGGACUGGAGGGCAAAGAAUCUUCUCUCUUUUUCGAUUACUGUCGGAUUCUUGACUUGGUUAAAUGUAUGUCGGCAAGAUACCAAUGAAACUGUCCAAAGAAACCUCCUUUUCUGGUUAUGUAUUUAAUCCAAACAUUUAGGAUCUUUUUAUAUAACUUCAGAUAUUAGACAUAAGCUUAUCACCCCAUUUUUGUUGCCAGCAAGAGGCAACGUUUUCAAAUAAAUUUAUGUUUACUAUUUCA